UAGCGCGGCGGCAGCAGGCAGCAGCAGGGCAGCAGUCGCAGCAAUGGUGGGAGUUGGUCGCGCGCGCCACUCCAUUCACCCGUCGGUCGCUAGUGCGAUCGGAUGUAUCUCGUGACUCGCCGCGCCCGCGUUCGCGUAGUUGCGCUUCGUCGAUUAGCGCAACGCGAUCGGAAAGAGAGAGAGAGAGAGAGAUACAUGUACGGCGCGGGAUAUUUCCAGGGAUUCGGUGAUACGUGAUUUAGCGGUCAGUGCGUUAGUGCGUGGUGAUCCGCGUGCAAUGUGUCGCCUUCGCUCGACCGGCUAUUGAAAAGCUGUUCCGCCACCGCUGCUCCCGUUCGAGAGUGCAAUUCUCGUUACGUGAGAAGGAUCUACGCUCCGCGAUCCACGGACGAGAUGACGGUCGCUGGAAAGAGAUAUGUGGACUGCACUGUACUGGGCACGGGUAGCAUGCCGGACGCAGAAGACUCCUCAUACGAUAGUGAUUACGAGGCUGAGGACUCGACGACGACAACGGCGACGACAAUGACAACCAUGACGGCGACAGCGACGGCGCGGCGUCCGCGCUCGGAAUCGCAGGUGUCUACGUCGCACCCGGAUGUAUCUCGCACCACAUCCGAUACUCUGGCGGCCGAAUUUGCGGAGUACGUUACCAUCCAAGGAUCAUCACCCACGCAGAACCCAGGUUACAUUGCUCGCGUGGAGUUCGCUCUUAAAUUGGGCUACACUGAAAAAUUGGUGCAAGCGGCGUUGCAGAAGUUAGGUCCGGAUCCGGGUCAGAAUGAGUUAUUGGCCGAACUGAUCAAACUCGGGGCUACUUGCUCCCCGAAAUUUACCGACGGUUCCGAGGAAGCGGACGGUCUGCUGGACGUUGACGCGAGCACUGACGAGGGCGGAGGGUCGAUUCUGACCUCAACGAUUGCAACGAACGCCACAGCGACGAAUGCGAUCUCAUCAAUGGAUCUAAGGCCUGUCGUCAUCGAUGGUAGCAAUGUCGCUAUGAGUCAUGGCAAUAAGGAGGUGUUCUCCUGUCGUGGCAUUAAGAUUUGCGUCGAUUGGUUUCGCGCCAGAGGUCAUAAGGAAAUCACCGUUUUUGUACCCAAGUGGCGAAAGGAAGCCUCGAGACCUGAUAAUCCAGUCGCCGACCAAGAGAUUCUGAGCGAGCUCGAGAAGGAUCGUCUGCUUGUGUUUACACCUUCCAGGUUGGUGGGUGGAAAGCGUAUGGUAUGUUACGACGAUCGAUAUAUCUUGAAGCUGGCUGCGGAGGUCGAUGGCGUCGUAGUCAGCAACGAUAAUUACCGGGAUUUAGCACAGGAGAAUCCCGAGUUUAGAAGAGUCAUCGAGGAGAGAAUUCUGAUGUAUAGUUUUGUAAACGAUCGAUUCAUGCCACCAGAUGACCCGCUCGGCAGGAGCGGUCCUACUCUGGAAAAUUUUCUUAGAAUCUCUCCCAAAAGAGUCGAGUCUGCUCCUCCAUGUCCUUACGCCAAGAAAUGUACAUACGGAAACAAAUGCAAGUUUCGACAUCCCGAGAGAGGCCCAUAUCCACAUAAAUCAGUGACAGAACGAUUAGUGGAGCACGCUCAGCGUCAUUUACAAGCCCGUGGACCGAGCCUGAGUCUACCACUGCCGUCUACAAACGCAUCCGUACCGCAGCAUCCGCCGCUCUGCAAGGCUAGAUCAGCUGUGCCACCAAGUAUCAUUCAACCCUUAUCAUCUGUUCCGAAGAGUAAAUCUGUGGAGAAUGUCACGUCUGAUUUGUCUGCAACUAGUCCCGUUAUGUACAAUCAGAUGUCUUCUGUACAGAAUUCUCAAGGUUACCCCGCAGUGAACUGGACUACGCCAAGAGUGAACAAUCCCGAGCCAGAAUCGGUGAACAUGCAUCGCAAGUUACAGCGACAAUUGACUCUAAAUCCAUCGUGCGAUCCGCGGCUUUACCAACUUAGACGAUAUCAUCAGCAACAACAACAAACUAGCCAGUCAUCGCAACAGCAGCAACAGCAAUCGAUCAUCAACUCACCGCGCUCUACUAUGCAACAUCGGCCGUUGACGAGACUUGCCACAAACAAUGAGUCAUCAUAUCCAGUUACUGCCAUGAGCUGGGACCAUCCCGACAGCCUUCAUCAACACGUAAUGCGUAUCGCUUCCGCACCUGAUUCUUACAGAGCGUGGCCGCCACGCGGUACUGCCUUGAUACCGCCAUCGCGUGUGCAGAGACUAGGCACCUCGGAUCCCCAGCUGAAUCUGCUACCUUCGCCGCCGUCCACAAGCUUACAUAUGCCCUGGGGCACGCAAACUCAGGACAUAAGACGUCGCCUGCAUUAUCACCUUGCCAACAUUUUCCCCGAGGAGCAAGUGCAAGCCGUCAUGACGCUUCAUCCUCACGAGACUGAUCCUCAGCAGAUUUGCGCCGCCAUCUUAGCAAUGUUUCCCAAAAAUCAGAAUUGACGCAAUUAUGAAUUUUACACACAGAAUAUUCACAAGAAAGUUGGAGUAAUGAAAACUAUGUACGUAUGAUAGUUUUCUAUUAUUUUUAUAGGCACUUUGUAUAUUGUAGAGAAACUUUAAUACAGAAUCUAAUAAUUACCGUAUUAACUACAGUAUAAGUAGAAACAAUAGGUUCACUCUUUGAUUUGAAUGUUAAUCCGAAUGUCUAUCAUGUUAUUGUUGUCUUCGACGAUCUAUAAGAGCAAAACUGUUUUGUUUUUAUUGGUUUAAUAACUUUAUUUGAAUAGAAGAAACUAACGUCAUGUUAGUUAUGCGACGGUCAUACUCGAGUGACGAUCAUUUCACGAAUUUUAACUUAAGAGGAACCUAUUGUAUUUAUUUAUAUACUGUGAUAUUAAGAGUUGACCGAAGAGACUACAGAAACGUUUAUUGAAGACGAAUUUUUAUUCAAUCAAAUUACAGCUGAAGUACUAAAAGAAUUGCUCUGUCAUUGCGAUAUUCAUAAUUAGAAGAAUCUGCAACCUGCUAUAGAGUAAUUUUUUUUAGAAAAACGAACAAAAUAAAAAUUGAUUCUGAUUUGAUCUACAUUAUAAUAUAGUUGCACAGAUAAUUUUUUUUAUUAUAAUAUUUUAAGAAUCAAAUUGUAAAAUGCAACUUUGUAGCAAGUUUCGCAAUUUCAUCAAAUGUAAGCCAAAAAAGGGAUCUACAUAUUGCUUCUACGAAACAAAAUAAAGUACGUAUCGCGAAUGAGGUGCAAACGAAAUGAUUGAGUUAAGUCAUCACUUCUGUCGACUCUUAACUGUAUUGAAGAUAUUAAUUCAAAUCUUUAUAAAGAAUAUUUGUAUUUUUUGGAUCUUUAUGUGCCUUUCUCUCUCUCUCUUCUCUGAAGAUUUGUUCUGGAAUUUUAGAGUUCCAAUGUGUUUUCGUCCUACUAACAGAGAUAAGUUAGUAUUUCUUGGACGAAGAUAAAGCGAGAUUCGACAAUUAACAACUCAACAUAGAAAUCCAAGAAAUGUCCUAAUUUUUUAGACAUCUUAGAUUUUCAGAUUGUUUGAGAAUAAAAUGAGAAGAGAGGAACGAGCGUGAUAAGCGCGCGCAUUAGCCUAGGGCAUUACAAAACGAAUUCAUUGUUAUAUUAUUUGAGGAGUAAACGGUGAGAGGAUCCGUACUUUAAUAUCUGUUUUUAAUAAACUUGUAUCAAUGAUUGUCGUCUCACAUUGAGCCGAUCAAUUUGUCUCUUCGACCGCACUCGCGAAAUCGUCUUGUCUUAUCACCUUAUUUAUAAGAUUCAAAACUAAAUCUUACGUAAUUUAUUGCAGAAUGAUAAUUUUAGGUAGAAUUUUAUAUAUGUAUUCGUUGCCGUAAUGAUUAUAAUUAACACACAGCACAUUUUAUUUAAAAGAUGUUUUUAAAACGUAAAGUAUAUAUGAACAUCUUUAGAAGGUCUGCGCUAUAUGGGAAUGGUAAUUAUCCGAUUUUUAAGAAUUAUUUAAUAGAUAACUUAUUAAUAUUUGUUUCGCCAAUGGCUGUUACAUAAGAAAGAGAAGAUAUUAGAUGUAUGACAGAUUGGAAGUGGUAUAAUUCUUUAUUCAAGACGAUGCUGCGAAAAUCGGUCGUUUAUAUUAGCGGCUGUGAAUUCUGAAAAAUCUAUGUGUGUGUAUAUGUGUGUGUGUAUAUAUAUGUAUAUAUAUGUGUGUGUGUGUGUGUGUGUGUGUAUAUAUUUAUAUGUAUGUAUAUGUAUAUAUAGGUAUUUGUAUAUACAUCCACGUACACAUAAUUGUAAGCAUAUACAAUGAAUCAGAAUAGGUAAACUAACAUUUAUGAGACAAUUCGAUUCAACUUUUUUUGAAAUAUUUUUUUUUGAAUUAUUAAAUACAAAAAUCUAAGAGGCACGUAUUUGUUUACAAUUAAAAUCAAAAGUUAUUAUUGGCCUUUUUUCGAUUUUAUUUCGAUUAUUCGAGGAGAAGAGGGUAUUAUGGCUAUAACUGUCGACAACAUGGCUACAGUAGCCAUAAUACCCUUCUUAUUAUUUCCGUUAUUAGGUGACGUAUUCUAAUAAUUGGUUAUGGAAUUAUUCGUUUAGUAACUCGACGUUUUUUUAGUGAUGCUAAUACGCCAAUAUAUAAUGAUUGACAAUUCAUUUUCUUUAAAUUUUAUUCUCAAGAAAAAUUUAAAUUUUUUUAAAAUAAGAUAUUUUAGAAAUUAUUAGAUGUUUCAAAAACAGUUGUAACAAAUCCCUUGUAGUUUAAUUCGACAUGCAGUUGAUAAUUUACCUCAUAGAGUAAAAAGUUUGUUCAACUAUUCUGAUUCACCUUGUAUAUGUGUAUAUAGAGCUAUGCGUAUGCAUAUAUGUAUAUCGUUCGACGAUAUUAAUAUAGUUGGUAUUAGUAUAAUACAUAUACAAAGAAUCCAUUUACAGUCAAUGGAAUUGAAUUUCUUUCGAAUUAAAUAAAAUCGAUUUUUUUUUCUUUUUAUAGUUUCGAAAAAAUUUGACUCUUGUUGAUUAUAAUUGCAUAUCCUGCAUGUGUAUAACGCAUGAAGAAUUUCAGGACUUGAAACAGGACGAAUAUGUCAUGCAAAAUGUACGAGAAUUAAUUAAUAUUUAAUCAAUUUUUAUUUUAUCGUUAUUUUUCUAUUGUAGAAUAUAGAGUAUUUUAACUGAACUGUAUUAUAUACCUAGAUAGCACGAAAAAUCCGAAAAAAUGCCUUUUUGGUUUCAAAAUUACAAAAUAAAUUUUUUCCGUCUUAUUUCUGUUUUAAAAGUCUUUAUUUUUAUAUUACUAAUUGUAAGUUUUUGUCAGAUUUAAAAAGAAAUCCUUUUGAAUUAAAGUCAUUUAAAAAAAUUUUUAAUUUACAUUUAGACUGUUCGAAAUAAAUUAAAAAAUUUCUUUCCGAUAGUUAAAUAAACAUUCCAUAAAAGUAUAUCUUUUGACAUUUUUUGAUGAGUUUUAUUCAAAAAGAGUCUAUAAGAAUUUACAAUGAAUUUAAAAUAACUUUUAGAUUGUACUCUAAUAGAACUUUAUUAUUAUUCAUUUUAUAUACUUUCUGGAAUCGAAAAGUAGGAAUUAUUGGAGAGUUGGAAUGCUCCAAAUGUACGGAAUAAACAUAUAAAUUAAAAUAUAUUUUAUACAGUAAAUCAGUUAUUACAAUAGUAAUAUUAUAGAUUUCUUGUCAUAUUUUUGCCACAAUAUAUAUUUUAAUUAAUGUUUCUUAAUUUUGUUAAUGAUAAAUAAAUAAUGCUUCAAUUUUUAAAACAUUAUAUGACUUAUUUUAAAAAAAGUAUAUAUAUUUCUACUUUUUUUUUAUUUUUAAUUUAUAGAUUUUAAUCUCAGAGGUCGAAUAAUAUUUUUGUAUAUCACAUGACAACGUGAUAUUAAUAUUAACAAAGUCUUAAAUAUGAAAAGCAGCAUGAUCAAAAAAUAUGUAAACGUCAUCUGAAAGAUAAAAUAGCUGCACUGUAAACAUUUUGAUAUUUGAGAAUGCUUUAAGUUGUAUCAAUAAUUCCUACAAUAAAUGUGCACUCCCAUAAAAGUAAUAUUUAUCAAAGAAAAAUUACAGAAUCAAUUACUAAUCAUCACACUGGUCGCACUUCUCUUAUGUAGAACUGUAAUAUCGACUUAAUUACCAGUAAUACUUAUAGUUAAUAAUUUUUUCUAAAUAUUACAAGUAUAGCAUUAAACGUCUUAAGAACAAAAUUAUUUUUAAUUAUACUUAAAUAUACACACUUUACCAUUAACGUAUGCGAAUUAUAUUUUUAGUGCAAUUUAUUAAAACUUGUCAAAAGAAGUCCAAAGAUGUAUUUUUCAGGAAUAUUUAUUUAACUAUUAAAAAUAAAUUUUUCAAUUUAUUUCGAAUAGAUUACGCAAAUUCAAGAAAAUGAAUUCUUUUAAUUCAAAAGAAUCAUUGUGUGCUAUUUGGGUAUUGCAGCAAAUUACGAAGAAAAAAACAAAUUUUUGAAUUUUAUUUCAAUUCGAUUCAAUCAAGAUAUAAAAACUUCUAUUAUUUUAUUUUUAGAAUAUAUCUCCAUUUGAAAUUUUUUUUAUUCAAGAAGUAACACUUCACAAUGAAGAAAAUAGAAAAAUUUGGUCUGAUCUUAUAAGAUUAAUCCUUAUAUGCCAGAUAUGUUUAUUUUUAAAAUAAACCUAUGUGUGUGUGUCUGUGUGUAUGAAAGUCAUAUAAGUAAAUUAAGAAAAAAAAAAUUUGGCGAGAGUAUUUGAAUAAAUGAAUGUCUUUUACAAUUUAUAAUUUAUUAAUAGUAUAACAAAUUUAUGUUAUUAUGAAUAGUAUAAAAGAUUUAUACUAUUAUAUAAAGGAUUUUUGUAGCUUUUCCGAAGAUCGUGCGAUUUUCUCUGUUUUUCUCUUUUGUUUCCCACAUGUUUAUUUAACUCAAAUGCUUUAUAUAAGAUUAUUAUAUAUAUAUAUAUAUAUAUAUAUAUAUAUAUGUAUAUAUAUAUAUACAUUCACGUAUGUGUGCAACAUGUGUAUACAUAUUGGUAAUGGCAGAGACCUCCCUUUUUCCACAUCGCAAUACCGUGUAUUGCUGAAAAACCCACGAACUGCGAAACAGAUAUAGUAUGUAUCUAAAGAAGCAAGAUGAAACAUUUAUUAUUACUCACACUACGAAACUAAAAAGAUGAGAGUAAUAAUCGUUUCUGUUGCGGAGAACGAUUAUUAUUAUUAUUAUUAUUAUUAAUUUUUUAUAAUCAUGUUAAUCUAUGAAAUAUUUGUACGUGCGUCUGAAAUUUGUAUCAAUGUUAUUGCAAAUGAAUAUUACAAAUAAAGGUUUUCUUUUUAUUUACA